AUGACAAUCUGUACUUAUAACGCACGUACGUUUGCAUCGAAAGCGGCCAUCGAAGAUCUUAUGAUGCAAACUAAAAAGAUCAGGUAUGACGUCAUUGGACUGACCGAGACGAGACGACGUCACCCUCUCAACGCCGUAUUUGAAACUAGAGAAGAACUGUUCUUAGGAACAUGCGACAGUAGAGGUGUUGGUGGAGUUGGCGUCCUCGUCAGCACGAGUAUGGCAAAGAGCAUCGACUCUUUCGAACAACUUACGACCCGAAUCGGACGUCUGCGGAUGAGAAGAUGUGGUCCAACACCAGCCUUGACCUUCGUCGCUUACUCUCCAACAUCAAGCUACGAAGAAGAAGAAGUCGAAGAUUUGAAUAUGGACCCGAAGAAGUUCUACCGAGAAGAUCAUGCCUUCUACAAGUUCAUAAUUGGCAAUUUCAACGCCAAAGUUGGCCCAAGAAAAACGCCUAAGGAACUUCACAUCAGGACCCACAGUCUACAAUGGAAUGACCAGGGGGAGAGGCUGUCCGAGUUCAUCAUGACGACUAAGACCAUCCAUGGGAGCUCGCAAUUCCAAAAGCCCUCUUAUCUACGCUUGACGUGGGAGUCACCCGGUGGAGGGUACCGUAAUGAAAAAGACCACAUCAUCGUCAAUAAAAGGUUCUGCCUGAUGGACAUCGCUGUUGCACCAAAGUUCUACACGGGAACGGACCAUCGCCUCCUCUGA